AUGGCUUUUACUAAGGGAUUUAAAACUAGUUCUAGAAUCGUGUUUGCCAAUUCUGCUCAGAGCCCUAUCUUGUUGGUUCUAAUUCUUUGUGUUGCAAGAAGAUUCAGAUUAAGCAUGUUAUUUACAGCAGGGAAGGAAGAAGAAGGGGAGUGGAAUAAGAGACAUUGUGUCAUAAAAAAGUAUUUCAUAUCUGAAAAUGAUUUGCGUGACGAUGUUUACUUGCACUUUACUGGUAUGAAUACUGUUAGCUUCCACGUAGUUAUGGAGUCCGGUGAGGUUAGCACUCUGCUAUUACCUUACCAUGUAGUUGCUGACUAUGAGGCCGAGGAGGAUGAUAAAAUCCUGGAUUCUGACACGACAGGCCAGAUGCUCUCCCGCUCCCAGCAGUGGGAUCACAACAUUGCUGCCAAAGUUGCAGAAUUUACAGCCACAUUUGAGAAGCAGGUCCUUGCCUUCAACAUAAUCUCCCGCAAGCGAGGUCUUGGGGAGUUCCGAUCAGAGGAGAGGUUAAUGAUUGAGCAGGCUCUUCUACAGGAAGAGAGACGAGCCCUAAUUGAAGUGCGGGCAGAAAUAGGCUCAAGGCAGAAAGCAGGUCGGGAGGCUCAUGAGGCUAAUUUGCGUAAUGCAGCCAUGGUUCACCCUGGGCAGGCUCAUGGUGAGAUGAUGUCUGGAGCCUCAAAAUGUGGGAGUGGCCUUGGGUCUCGAGGAAGUAAUAUUGCAAUUGGUCGAGCCAUGGAAGAACAGGAGCAAGAAGUUAACCCAGACGACAUCAUUAAUGGAUGGGGAAACAAUGCACAGAGAGAUGAGGAGCCAUCUGAGGAUUUUCUGAAUGACGAAGAGACAGAAAAUGGAGAUGCGGGCCUGCAGACCGAGUGGCGUGGGGGAGGAGAAUUGGAUUUGAACACAAGAUAA